CCGAAAGAGAAGAGGACGGUAAUAAAAACGAAAAUCAAAACCAAAACUCAGAAGAAAAAAAAAAAGAAAAACCCACAAAAAAACGCUUCACACAGAAAAAAACACACACUAUGUGAGUUUAUCAAUUCGUUUGUAAGAUCGCGUCGCUCCCAAUUCCGAUUCUUCUUCUUUCACUCUCACUCUCUCAGCUAGCUCUGAUAAAACAGUUAUAAUUUAUUUUUAUUUUUAUUGUUAUUGUUAUAAGAUUGUAAAAAAAAAAUCAAUCAACGGUUGUGGAAGGAGGAGGGAGCGACGGCGACACCAAAAUCAACGACGGUGAUAAUGUUUUUCUUAACUUAAAACCAAAUGACUCCGAUCGAAACCCCUAUUCAACAACAACAACAGCAACGUUCAUCGUCGAAACGGAAAUUAGACGAUGACGAUGAAAGCGUGUUAGAUGAUGACUUAGUGUAUGUGAGAAUGAGAAAGGAGGAGACAACGGAAACAACAGUUAAGCCGUGGAGCGGAGGAGGUUGCCGUGGCGGAGGUGGCGACGGAAACAACAGUUUGUUGAAGAAUAGAGGACCGGUUUGUUUUUUCAUUCGCAUGGUUUCGGAAGGAUACAGUGUUGUGAUGAACGCUUUUCCGGAAACUACUGUGCAAUCAAUUCAUGAACGGAUAUAUGAAAUGAAGAGAAUUCCUGUUUACGAACAGAGGUUGAUUUUCAAAGGUAAACAGCUUCAGUGGGAACAAACUCUGGCGGAGUGUGGUAUACAGAAGGAUGUGAUUCUUGAACUGGUUGGUCGAAUGCGGAGUACGGAGCAUCCUCAAGCGUGGCAAGUUGUGAAUGAUAUGGUUACUAUUGCUUAUGAUCUUUGUGUUGGUGGGAAUGUUGAGGAACCUGUUAAAACUGUGAAGAAUUUACUCACUACUUAUAUUAAUCUGGCUUUGACACCGAAAGCGAAACAUGAUUCUGAUUCUGCUAAUAAGUAUUUCCAGAUUUUCAUGAAUUGUUCGGCUAUAUCGAUUCUGGUUACUCUCUAUGUUUCGCCGUUUGCAGGUAACAAGACCUGCUCUGAUACUUGUAUUAGGCAUUUUUUGAGUUGUUGUAGGACUACAUUGUCCGAGACAUUUCAUACUCAGGCUGCGCGUGUGGCGUUGGAGUUUUGUAAAUUGCUUAGGAGAGUAGGGACUCAUGAUCCUUUGUAUAUCUAUUGUCGGAAUUCUUUGGGGUUUUUCUUGGAACGUUCUGAAAUUUCACUUGCUCCUUCUGAGGAUCAGAAUGAGAAAGGUUCGGUGUUAGUUCAAGAUUUAUUCCCGUUUGUUCGUGAACUUGCUGAUAGUUUGUUGAUGGAUUUGGAUAUGAGCAUUGAUACACCUUCCUUUACUUGUCCUGUGACGAGCAAUGUUGGUGAUUUUGCUGCCUUUUUAGUUCAGGUGAGGAAUGGAAUCAAGAAGCAACAGAUUCUCCGUGGUGGUUUUGUACCUUACAACAAGGUUGGAAAGAACAGCUUGGUCCUUAAAGAGAUUGAAUACCUUUUUCUGUUGUACGAUCAGAUGUUGUGCAAAAUUGAAAUUUGCCUUCAAAAAAUGGAUAAGAGAUUCGUUAACAAGGAAAUGUCUCAUGAGGAGAAUUAUUUUCAUCCUGCAUGCUCUCUCUAUCUUUCCGUUUUGAAGGAGUUGCAUAAGAUUUCUAAGCUUUAUGAUGGUGCUUCAGAAAAGCUCCAGGGCGUUUUGACGCGUCAAAAGACUGUGCUGUGUCAGCUGCUCGUUAAAUAUGCAAAGAGGACCGAUGAGCAUCAGUGGAUUCUCGAGCACAAGAAUGUUACCAAUUUCGAGGCUAGGAGGCAUUUGGCCAUGAUGAUGUUCCCGGAGGUUAAGGAAGACUAUGAAGAGCUACAUGAGAUGCUCAUUGACAGGUCUCAGUUGUUAACUGAAUCUUUUGAAUACGUCGCACGGGCUGAGCCUGAGUCACUGCGUGCUGGCCUCUUUAUGGAAUUCAAAAAUGAGGAAGCCACUGGCCCCGGUGUGCUGAGGGAGUGGUUCCUUUUGGUUUGUCAAGCAAUAUUCAAUCAGGAAAAUGCUCUUUUUGUUUCCAGCCCAAAUGAUAAAACGAGAUUUCUCCCUAAUUCUGCUUCCAAGGUGCAUCCUCUGCAUCUUGAGUACUUCAGCUUCUGUGGUCGAGUUAUUGCAUUAGCUUUGAUGCAUGGGGUGCAAGUAGGUAUUGUUUUUGAUCGGGUGUUUUUCUUGCAAUUGGCUGGAAAGUCUAUUACUGUUGAAGAUAUAAAGGAUGCAGAUCCUGAGCUUUAUAGAAGCUGCAAGCAGAUAUUGGACAUGGAUUCUGAUCUAGUUGAUUCAGAUGCAUUAGGAUUGACAUUUGUUAGAGAAGUGGAUGAAUUAGGACACAGGAAAGUGAUCGAGCUCUAUCCCGGUGGAAAAGAUGUUGUAGUUACUAGUAAGAACAGGGCGAAGUAUAUUUGUCUUCUUAUACAAAAUCGCUUUGUAACAUCCAUAGCUCAGCAGGUGUCACACUUUGCCAAAGGUUUUGCUGAUAUUCUCUCAAGUACAAACCUCCGAACGUCCUUUUUUCAAGGUUUAGAUCCCGAAGAUCUUGAUUGGAUGCUACGUGGGAGCAAAGAUGCCAUUUCUGUCGAAGAUUGGAAAAAACACACUGAAUAUAAUGGCUAUAAAGAGACUGAUAUUCAGAUAUCUUGGUUUUGGGAGAUAGUGGGGAAAAUGACAGCCGAAGAAAAGAAAAUUCUCCUUUUCUUUUGGACAUCUGUGAAAUAUUUACCAGUUGAAGGCUUCUGUGGUUUGGGUUCCCAUCUCUACAUUUACAAGUCCCAUGAAUCUGGUGAUCACCUUCCUUCAUCUCACACAUGCUUUUACCGGCUGUGUUUCCCAGCUUAUUCAUCAAUGCCUGUCAUGCAAGCUCGUCUCAAAGUCAUUACUCAAGAACAUAUUGGCAGUAGUUUUGGUACUUGGUGAAAAUAUCUGCAAUCUCGAUAGAAACUCGUUUUGACUUGUCUGCACAUAGAAUUAUUGUUAUGCAGCUUUGUACAGACUAUAGGAGCAUCCCGUCUGUCAGUCCUCGAAUUGGAUACUUUGAAAAAGUUUUCAAAGUUCUGUUUUGGAAGUUAGUCAAGGGAUGUAAUUUUAUUUAUCUUAGCCAAAAAUGUUUAUAUGGAUAAAUUAUCAAUAAUACAGGAUUUGAAGGAAAGAAAUUUUGAUAUCUAUGUUAUAUUUUAUUUAAUAACUGCUGGUUCAUCAUCGAGAGUGUUCCACAACAGUCAAGUUUGUGAAGUGUUAACAACACACUCUCGAACACUCUUUUUUGAACACCUCCUUAUGUGUGUGUUUGGUCUGCAGUAGCAUAUGUUUCUCCCGUAAUAGGCUGCAACCAGGCGUGCGGCCCCAUCGAGAAUGCAAAUACAGCCUCUGUAGUAUUGGUUGAAACUCAAAAUAGGCCAUACUAUAUUUUGUUAGGAUCCAUGCGAAAUUCAAAUUUCAACCAUUAAGUAGUGUUUUAGAGCCUAUGUUUUAGACAUUCUCAUUAAAAUGACAGCAACUUUAUUUAAAACUGUAUUAUUCUGGUGUCAUAUUGCUUUUUGAUUAUGUGAUUGUAUUUCAUAUCCCCCUUCUAUAAACUUGAUUUUUUGAAUAACUUGUGGUGCACUCUUCCCCUGUUUCUGAAAUCCUGUGUCAAAAUUAUGACAGACUUUCAGGAGAAUAAAUAGAUAAAAAUAAAUAUAAUUUAUUCAAACCAGGUGAAAUACAUAACAACCAAGCUAGUUGAACCUUGUUGGAACUUUCAUUAUCCCCAAACUUCAGUGGCUAUAACUCUUUAUAUAAUAUAAUAACCCGUAAAGCCAUAUCCGAAGACUUACCUUCACAACAAGAUCAAUGAAAAAAAAGGAAAAAGAAACCAGACAAAUAAAAUAGAAAAC